AUGCAGCACGCAGCAUCACGCAGCACGCAGCAUCAUGCAGCAUCAUGCAGCACGCAGCAUCAUGCAGCACGCAGCAUCAUCGCAGCACGCAGCAUCACGCAGCAUGCAGCAUACGCAGCAUCACGCAGCACGCAGCAUCACGCAGCACGCAGCAUCAUGCAGCAUCACGCAGCACGCAGCAUCACGCAGCACAUGCAUGCAGCACGCAGCACUACGCAGCACGAUCACGCAGCACGCAGCAUCAUGCAGCACGUAGCACGCAUGCAUCAGCAGCACGCAGCAUCAUGCAGCAUGCAGCAUCACGCAGCACGCAGCAUCACGCAGCAUGCAGCAUCACGCAGCACGAGCAUCAUGCAGCACUGCAGCAUCAUGCAGCACGCAGCAUCAUGCAGCACGCAGCAUCAUGCAGCAUGCAGCAUCACGCAGCACGCAGCAUCACGCAGCAUGCAGCAUCAUGCAGCAUGCAGCAUGCAUCACGCAGCACGCAGCAUCAUGCAGCACGCAGCAUCACGCAGCAUGCAGCAUCACGCAGCAUGCAGCACAUGCAGCAUCACGCAGCACGCAGCAUCACGCAGCAUGCAGCCAAUCAGCGCAGCAUGCAGCAUCAUGCAGCAUGCAGCUAAUCAUGCAGCACGUAGCAUCAUGCAGCACGCAGCACAUGCAGCACUGCAGCAUCACGUAGUACGCAGCAUCACCAGCAUGCAGUAUCAUGCAGCAUGCAGCACUGCAGCAUGCAGCAUCAUGCAGCAUGCAGCACCAUGUAGCACGUAG